AUGGCUACUCCUGAGGAAACAUCAGAGAUUAAUAGACUCUAUACUUCUCAGACUCUCAUAUUCCCUCAUCCACAAUCACAACAUGAAUAUAUCGCAGCUUCUGACAUGAGGAAUUUAUAUUUGAAUCCGGGUAAUGAGGGCAAUAAGUGCUCUAGUUCGAUAGUUCAUACCGGGAAUUCCUAUAUGGGAAAUCCUGAUAUUCCCUCGAUAAUAUUAAGAAGAAAAAAGCCUGAGCUGUACAGAAACGGGUGCACCCAGAGAAUUCGUGCAUGUAAAAGGAAGGCAUUGAGUAAGGCAUUGUCUUAUUCUGGGCUAAGUGUAAGAGAAGACGAAAAAGGUGAAAGGAUCUGUACGACACCCACAAUUCGUGCAUGUAAAAGGAAGCCGUUGAAUAAGGCAUUGUCUCUUUCUGAACUAAUAAAUGAUGUAAAGCAUAAGUCAAGUGCAAGAGAAGAUGAGAAAGAUGAAAGGAUCUGUACAACACCCACUCAUGAGGCCGACCAUAUGUGUACAGAGAACAAGGGAGUGCACGCAAAUAGCAGGCUUGGCAGCUGGUACAAAGUUCAGGCUGUCACGACCGUUUGUAGAAAAAGAAAGAGAGUUACUAGAAAGAGGAAAUAUAGAACACUCUCUUGCAGGUUUCUUCCUGAACAAUCUAUGAAGAUGGCUCAAGCACCUGCUAUACCCUGCUUGGGUUCAAUUCCAGUUAAUAACAAUGCUCCCUCCACUGAAAACUCUUAUGAGAUGGCCCCGAGAUUAACUUCAGAUAACACUGGAAUGAGCAUACAGCUGGGAUGUGCAGAAACUAAUGGAAGUGAUGCAGAGUUUCUUAAAGCUUGUGAUUUUCAAAGCACAAUGGUUAAUGAUGAUAUAUUGGUAGAUAAGUUGUUGACAAUGAGACAACAAAUUGGAUCUACUGAGAGUUCAGGUGCUCCAAUUGGUAGAAUGAAUAUUGAGGAAGUUGAUGUGCCAUUAGCAGACUCAGAAGGGUCAAAAGCACCUGAUACAACUCAUGGGGUUCCUACUCAACCCGUACCUGAUAGGAUUAUCAAGUACACAUUCCAAAGGAAACGAAAAAGAGUCUCUUUGACUAGCAUUGAGGGGAAUAAUUCUCUUGAAACAAGCACUUUUGAGGGAAAACCUGAGGAGAAACAAACUGGUUCCGUUGAGCCACAGAAGUCCAGUUUGAUAACAGAAUCAUCUAGGGACAGUCGCCGACUAGCCCAGGUUGCUCGUCAGCUUAUAUCGUUGUCAGAGAAAAAAUGGUGGCAGUAA